CCCCCGCGCCACCCGCGCGAUGGGAUCGGAGGCAGCUCAGCUGCUGGAGGCUGCUGACUUCGCCGCUCAAAAACACCGACAGCAGCGACGGAAAGAUCCUGAAGGGACUCCCUACAUCAAUCACCCCAUCGGUGUAGCCCGGAUCCUAACCCAUGAGGCUGGAAUCACUGAUAUUGUGGUGUUGCAGGCGGCCUUGCUCCAUGACACAGUAGAAGACACAGAUACUACCCUGGAUGAGGUAGAGCUGCACUUUGGAGCACAGGUUCGACGCUUGGUGGAGGAGGUAACAGAUGACAAGACUCUGCCCAAACUGGAAAGAAAGCGGCAACAGGUGGAACAGGCACCCCACAGCAGCCCAGGGGCCAAACUAGUGAAGCUGGCAGACAAGCUACACAAUCUAAGGGACCUGAAUCGCUGCACCCCUAAAGGCUGGUCAGAACAUCGAGUCCAGGAGUACUUCGAGUGGGCAGCACAGGUGGUAAAAGGGCUUCAAGGAACGAACCAGCAACUGGAAGAGGCACUAAAACAGCUGUUCGAGGAACGAGGGCUGACUCUCUGAGAGAGCCUCCAUGCAGUCCUGUGGCAUGGCUCCAGUAAGGCCCAGGAAAGAUAGGAUUCUUACUGCAUCUCCAAGUGUCCUCAUCUCUCACAUUCCUUUAUUCAGCCCAGACACCACGGGCUAAAAACUUCUGCCUUUUUUCACACAGCUGAGCCCCGGAUAUGGAAACCAGAAAUGCCCAUCAUACACUAACAGCCUUUCCUUAAGUCUUGGCUCUGUUUGCUGUUUUGCAUGGUGGGACCUCUGGCCCCUUAGGGACCUAAGACUGGAUAAGCCUUGGUUUAUAAGUCGUGGAAAAUAAAGCAUUUAGGGUAAAGGCUUAAACUGCUGUUCCUCCUUCUCUGGUCUCCCCGAAGAGGACCCACAUGCUGGAUACUCAUUUCCUAUGUGUCUUUUGCAUCAGCUCCCCUGGGUUGAAAGCAUCGACCCUUGGAGCAUGGCGUCCUUAUCAACUGAGCUGGACUAUGUCUUUACGAAGGUCAGAUGAUGUAGUUGUGGGAUGGCAGAUAUACUGGGAAGGAAUGCCAUCACUUUUUGGCAACUGGCUGGGAAGGACAGAAAUCCCAGUAACAUGAGAAGGCUAGAAGACCUCAGUGCCCCAACACCAACUGCAGCAGUUGAUUAGUGGCCAAUGCCUUGACCCUUAAAUUUUAUUGGCUUCCUGGGUUGCUAAGUCACUAGCGCUUCCAAGUAACCGGAAGAGGCCCUGAAGUCGCCCCGCCCAUAGAGGUGGGUGGAAUCUGUAGAAAGAAAAAAGCUGUGGAGGUUUGAGUUUGUGUGCGGAAGUCCCACAGUGUGGGUGUGGCAAUCAGAGAGCUUGUGGGGAGUUGGAUUUCGCCCUCCAUCAUGUAGGUAUGGGAUAUCAAACAUAGGUUUGUCAGGCUUGGCGAGCUGAUGCCUUUACCCACUCAGCUAUCUCGCCUUCGUUGCCUCUUUUGUUGUUCCGUUUUUGUUUGUUGGAGGGGGAUAGGGCCCCCACAGCCUUUCUAUAAUUCUCCUGCCUCUGCGACAAAGCGCAACCAU